UACUAUCUGGCAACACUGCGGCCUGAGUCAGAGGGAGAGAGAGUGAGAAGGCAGGGCGAGGAGUGGAUCACCCAUUCAGCCGCAUCAGUGAGAGGUAGUACACAGCAGGCGGCGCGGCCAGGGAGAGACACACAGAUCGACACCAGAGUGAAGUGUGGCAGCAUGGACAGACUCCUGAAGGUGGUACUGUUGGUGGUGAGCCUCGCAGCCACGGGCUCCAGCUUUCGGUGUGAGAGGGAGAACCUUUGGGGCUCAACGCAGUACUUCAGUUGCCCCGAGCCGGGAGACAACCCUAAUGAUGUCUACUGCUGUGGCUUUGGGGACAACAAGUUCUGCUGUUCAUCACAGGCACAAGAGGAAAUUCUAGAGGAAUUUUUUGACAAAGUCCCUUCAGUCCCCCUGGCUCUGGCCCAAGUCCAGGCCGAGGACACAAAGCAGCGUGCCUUAGCUAAGCUGAAUGACACAGUGAGGGCCACCAAGGACAAGGUGAAGACUACAAUUGGUGGCAAAGUGAAGGAUAUCAAGGACAAAGUGAAGGCCAAGAUCAAUAGCACUGUGUCAGAUACCAAAGCUAAGGCAAAACAAAAGGUCAAAGAUAAAGUUAAAGAGAAGGCCAGUAAAAAGUUGGACCCAACAGGCGGGCACUUGCCGACAAUCCUGGGUGUGAUUGCCGCAAUAAUCAUCACCAUCAUCGUGCUGUGCAUCGUCUGCUGCUGUUGCUGCCCGUUCUGUCUCCUCUACAAGCGACGUAACCAUGGAACAGUUCGAAACCCAGCCAACCCUGAGGUGUCAGUGAUGCAGCCACUCCAGGGCCAGCCUCAGCCUUACCCAUCCCAGCCUUAUCCAGCUGCACCCCAGCAGCAAGCCCCAUACCCAACACAACCCAUGGCCAUGCAGGCUGCCCCAGCGCCCUAUCCUCCUCAACCAUACCCACCUACAGGCUACCCUGGUGAACAGCCACCCAUGUACACAGAGAAGCAGCCUCCGCCCUACAACCCAACAUACUAAGCGUGCCCAAGUGAGCACUGCUCCUCACUUGCCCCAUGUUGAGAGUGUGUGCCUGGUGUUAAUUAUCUCGGCCUGAUGUGUUCAUGACCCCACCUCUCAUCAAAACUUGUCUCACUGUGCUCUGGAUCUGUUUUGUCCUUGUUUAGGAAGUGUGGAGAUAAAAUGUCGUGAAAAAAAUGUAUGACUGGAGAUGCAGUUUAGUUUUAUGAUUGUUUUUAGAAUUCCAUUUUAUCUUGAUGGAGUUUUAGCUGGAAUAGAAGAAUACACCAUGGAAAGAGAUGUAUAACAAGAGGUGCAAAUUAUUAGUGUUCUGAUUGUUUCUUACUGUUUAACCUUUAGGAGUUCGUAUAGCACAGAAAAUAGAAAUAAUGAAAAGAAAUAUGUGACAGGAGUACCAGGAGCACAAAGGUUAUCAAAACAUCUGAGGAAGUGUGACAAAUUACUAAUACUGGAGCACAAGUUUGUUUGAAGGAAGUGAGCCCUGUACAUGUCAGUGAUCACGUGACUCAAUGUUGCUGUGGUGGGGUUCAGAGGCUCAGUUUGGGCUUAUGUGGAGUUUUCACUGGCCUCUCACACCUCAGAAAUUGUUUGUUUCAAUAUAUUUGUGUCACAUAGUUGCUAUAAUUGGUGCUGUACAAAUCAAGUGUGUGUGUGUGUGUGUGAGUGUGUGUGUGUGUCAAAUGCUUCCAAAUUUAAGAGGGAAUGUUCUUGGUUUCAUGGAGAGCAAGGAAGCAACAAUAUGGCCAUGAAUUAUUCUUUAUGUUUAUAUACUAGGUUAUACUUUAUUAAGAAUUAAUUGUAGGAGUUCAUCUUAUUAAUACUCAUAGUCUGUACCUUGAACUGAAAUGUAAGAGUUUAGAUUAUUAAUAUUUACACAGGAAAAUUGUGAAGCUGACCUCAGUGUUCUUUAGCUACUAACUCUGCCUUCAUCUGUGAGGCAUCUUGGUUCCUGUUAUGCACACUUCGGUCAUUGCAUUGCCUAGGGAAGGAUGUGAUAACAGUUUCCCUCCAGAUAACAGAAUCUCAGUGUAUCUUGUACCUAAGAAGAUUGUGGGCAAGUGCCUUUUUUUCUUUUAUACAUCAUUAGAUAAUAUAACUGCAUAAUGAGAUGGGGAUAAAUGUAAUAUAUAUAUAUAUAUAUAUAUAUAUAUAUAUAUAUAUAUAUAUAUAUAUAUAUAUAUAUAUAUAUAUAUAUAUAUAUAAUAUAAAAGUUUUAAAAAUUGAACAAUGAUCAUUGUAUUAAGUGUAGCAUUGAUCAAAUUCACUGUUAGAGGUAGCACAAGUCUUGGGGAACUUGAUAUAUAUUUUUGUGGGAGGGAAUCAGUCUCACUUAUGUUGUAUUUCUAUGUAAGAAAAGAGAAGAAAUAAACUGCAAAACAUGA